UGUUUUAUUAAAUGCAGGCUGUGUUCUAUUAAAUGCAGUGUUGGCUGCUCUUUGUGCUGUACACAUUCCUGAAUAGUUAGCUCAGCACUUUGUAGUGUACAAUUCUUUCCGCAGAAAUGUGAAACCCGUCAAAACAUUUGCAUUGCUGCAAGGAAAGGAUGAAGCGCUUUAGGGUAACUUCAUUAAUUUCUCUUAGUGUUCUUUUCUUGGGCUGGGGAGAAACUGUUAUAAGUGAUGUCAAGCCUUGUUCAUCUAAGGGCACAAGGAAUGUUGGAGCUGUGGAGGAACCACUCAAGGCAGAAGAGAAAAAUAAAUCUGCAGAUAUUUCAAAACAAAAAGAACAAUGUCUUGUACCAUGUGAUGUUCAAGCUAAAAUUUUACGAGGGGAAAAACAGUAUAUGUGCAGAAAUUUGCAGAGCUCUCUUGUUGAAUAUGCAAGAAGCACAAAAAAACUGGUAAGAAACAUGAUGGAUGAUCAACAGUCUUCCUUGGAUUACCUUUCUAAUCAGGUGAAUGAACUCAUGAACAGAGUUCUUCUUUUGAAUGCAGAAGUUUUAAGAAAGCAUUUGGAUCCACUUCCUUACAAAGCAGUUCAAUCUCAUGGGUUGGAUUGCACUGAUAUUAAAGAUACCAUUGGUUCAGUUUCAAAAACUCCAAGUGGUCUGUACAUUAUCCAUCCAGAAGGAUCAAAUUAUGCUUUUGAGGUAUUAUGUGACAUGGAUUUUCAAGGAGGUGGAUGGACUGUGCUUCAGAAAAGAACUGAUGGAAUCAUUACAUUUCAGAGAACAUGGUCUGAAUAUCUGGAUGGAUUUGGUGACCUUUCUGGGGAAUUUUGGAUUGGAUUAAGGAAGAUUUUUUACAUAGUAAAUCAAAAAGCAACCACUUUCAGUCUUUACGUGGAUUUGGAAUCAGAAAAUGACAAGCAUGCCUACGCAUCAUAUGAUGCAUUUUGGAUAGAGGAUGAAGCAUGUUCUUUUAAAAUUCAUUUGGGACGUUAUUCAGGAAAUGCAGGUGAUGCAUUCAGAGGAUACAGAAAAGAAGAUAAUCAGAAUUCGAUGCCUUUCAGCACAUUUGAUGUCGACAAUGAUGGAUGUAGGCCAAUGUGCAUUAUUAAAGAACAGCCUGUAAAGAGCUGCAGUAACUUCAGUGAUAACACUGGAUGGUGGUUCAACCAGUGUGGCCUUGCAAAUCUUAAUGGUAUUCAUCGUUACACAGGUAGAUUUCUUGCAACUGGGAUUCACUGGGAUACAUGGACAGUGAACAAUAAGCCAGUAAAAAUUAAAUCAGUCUCAAUGAAGAUUCGGAGGAACUAUGAUCCAUAUUUCCAUUAACCUAUGAAAAUAGAAAUAUAUCUAUUCUUGCUGUUAUGUGGGAUAAUGUAUCAAUGCAACAUUAACAUCUUUCAUUUUCAUUUAAGUUCAGUCUUAAAACUUUAUUAAAUAUUUCCAUAAUACAGUUACUCAUUUUUAUUAUGAAAUAUCAGCAUCUGUAGUGGUUCCACUUGAGAAACAAGGUUCUAAGGAAAGGAUUUCCAGAAAAACAAUGAAGCUCAGUGUUUACAAGCUUUUAUUUAGCUGCCUCAUAUAUAAUCACAUUGGCAGGUCCAGUGGAAAAGUUAUAAAAAGAGAAAUGCUGACUUUUGAAUGUAUUUCUUCUAUGCUCUCUGUAUAUCUAAAUUGCCAAGAAACUGCAGGAAAUUUUCUUUUAAAAAAGUAAUAUAUCAGUCAUUCUAGUAAUUACAUUUCAUAAAAAUAUCUUUUCUUCAUGUUAAUUUUCCAGAACCAGCUUUUUAUACUGUAUUUCUUAUCAGGCAAGAUAAUAUUAAGGUAAGGUCCUUACCUGUAAAGCUUGUAAUACCUUACUUGUAUAAAAAAUGAUGCCCUGAGAAUACUGUCCAGACCUCGAGGAUUGUAUAUUCUCAGGGAUUGAUUCUUAGAAAAGUAAGGUACAUUGCAAUAUGCAAGAGAUAUGGUCUAUUCUCUAUUUAAUUUUCAUAGUCCAUGUAUUUAAUGUUCAGGUUAAGAUUUGUCAUUUCCACAAUUCACUAAAAAUGAAUAUUUCAAAGAGAAUGAAUAACAUCUCAUAUCUUUGGAGUUCUGAUUUUUGGACGUAAGGGCAUGAAAUUAUCUUUUUCGUUCUUACCAUUAUUCAUUUUGUGAAUGUUUUUUGUAAUAAUGAACAAAAGAUUGGAGUUGUAUAAUUGCAUUUUAAAUAUGCAGUGUUAAGUGUUUGAAUUACUGUCAAUAAAAAUGGAGUAAUAUAAAAACACGUGAAUAUUGUCAGCACAGCAGAGUUUGUGGAACCUACCAUCUAUUCUGUAGCAACUGGGCAUGGAAUUUGUCAUACUUGCUUCUAUUUCAGCGGGUCAGGUCUGUAGCAGUGGUAUUGAAUCAGUUAAAAACUCUGUGUUAUUCAUUUUUACUGCCUCACACUUUGUAUAAGCAUUAGGACAGUGAGUGUACUCAAAGAAGUCUUUCUUCUUGUCCUUGACAUCAAUGAUCAGAUUCCAUUCCAUUUGGGCUUUAGCUUUCCUAACUUCAUUUUAUGCUUGAACAAUGUUUUGGUAUCCUUACCAGGCUAUCUAUCCUUGCUUCCACUCUCCCUAUACUUCCUUUUUGCAUUACAGUUUGGUCAGAAGCUAUUUGUUCUUCCUUGCAGGCUUCCUGGUGUUUUUGCCUGACUUCCUAUUUGUUUUAAUGGACAACACUUAAGUUUGAACUGCCA